UGGAUAAAUAAAAAACAGGGUAGAAAGUGAACGGAAAACUGAACGGAGAAAAGAAAUGUUAGCGCUAAGAAGCAGUAGUGUUAUUCCAAAACCAAAUUGCUUUACGAAAAUUUACAAAACCCUAACUACCAACUCUCAGAAUCUCACCAUUUGUUUCUCUUCCAAUUCGAAGACUCGUCAAACAUUCUCUGCAACUACGUCAUCCUCGUCGUCUAAUGUUGUAAUUAACUCUCCAUUUUCAGGAUUGGAGGAUAAUUUGGUAGGUUAUGUAAUGGGAAAGAAGAAAGCAACUGAAGCGGCUCAUCUGGUAUGGAAGAGUGUUAUACAGAAAGGGGAUACAGUGAUAGAUGCAACUUGUGGUAAUGGGUAUGACACUUUAGCUAUGCUUAAAUUGGUGGCGGAUGGUUCCGGAAAUGGCCGCGUUUAUGCAAUGGAUAUGCAAACGGAUGCUUUAGAUAACACCGCGACUUUGCUCAAUGAAAAUGUCACUUCUGAGGAGAAAGAUCUUGUCAAGCUUUUCUCCAUAUGUCACAGCAGAAUGGAAGAAAUACUUCCGGAUGAUAGCCGUGUAAGACUGGUUGCUUUCAACUUGGGCUACCUUCCGGGAGGUGACAAAGCUAUAACAACGGUGCCGGAAACAACAUUUUUAGCAUUAGAGGCUGCAAAGAGGGUGUUAUUGCCAGGAGGGCUCAUCAGUUUAGUUGUCUAUGUGGGGCAUCCUGGUGGAAGGGAUGAAUUGGAGAAGGUGGAAAGUUUUUCUUCAGGGUUACCAGUAGAUGAUUGGGUCUGUUGCAAGUUCCAGAUGUUAAACAGACCAGUGGCGCCAGUACUAGUAUUUUUAUUUAAAAGAUGAAAACACUCGAGAGAAUGAUAAACAAUAUUGGUUCUUCGGAAUUGUUGUAUAAUAGUAAUUUUUAGUUUAUUGCCCUUUUAUUUUAA